UUUACAGCAUCACGCACUUCGCUCUCAAUCGGAUAUCCGGCGACGAAGGGGCCUCGAGGAUUCCGUCGUUGAAUCCCAUGCAAAACAAUCCUUACCCAAUUUAUACAUCAGCUCCCGUAAGCUCGGGUGAAUAUGACUUCGAAUGCAUCUUGAAAUCGCUUCCGUUUCGGAGUUUAGUUCCUAUGUUUUUUUGGCAUCUAGCAACGGGACCCUGCUGCGGGCCGAUCAAAGUCGGUCUUCGUUGGUGUUUUCUCGUUGUGCUCAAUGCUCCUGUUGUCAUUACACUCCAAGCUGCUUCAUCCCAGCGCUGCUUCUUGUUGUUGCAGAGUCUCGGAAGCAGGUUGAGUUGUGCUGGGUGUUGGUGCGAGUGUGUUUUUUUUUUGGUUUUGAGGUUUCUGUAGAGUUCAGGAUUUCGGAGGAUUUGUUGGAGUGCGACGGUGAGGUUACGCGAGAGAGAAAGGUGAAGAAGUAGACGGAGAGAUGGGUUCAACAGUGGUCUCAUACAGUUCGCAGUGUGUCGGGUUGGCAGCACCCACGAACAUUGUUGCCCGUGUGAGUGGCGCGGAUUUGGACAGAAUUUCUGGGCGGACCCAUAUGAGCACCCAAUUCUAUGGUGUGCGCUCUGGAGCUCUGGGUGCCAAGGGCUGGGUGCGGUCCUCGACCAGGAUUUGCACACGAAUCCCGGUGUUGAUUAUUAAGGCCCGCGUCGUUAAUGAAGUGGAGGACAUAUUUCCAGAUGCCGUCUCAAAGAGUUUGGAGUUUGAUUUGGACUCUUACUUGAGAGCCAAGGCCAAGGCUGUAAAUGUAGCCCUUGAUAAGGCAGUGCCAAUGCAAUACCCGGAGAAGAUUCGAGAGGCUAUGCGUUAUUCCUUGUUAGCUGGGGGCAAGAGAGUGCGGCCCGCUCUGUGUAUUGCGGCGUGUGAACUUGUGGGAGGUAAUGAGGAUCUGGCAAUGCCAUCGGCUUGUGCUAUGGAAAUGGUCCACACCAUGUCUCUUAUUCACGAUGACCUUCCUUGUAUGGACGACGACGAUUUAAGGAGAGGAAAACCUACAAAUCACAAGGCCUUCGGAGAGGAUACUGCUGUGCUGGCUGGAGACGCACUGUUGGCAUACGCCUUCGAGCACAUAGCCCGCGCAACGACAGGAGUGCCAGCGGAUAGGGUUUUGAGAGUCAUCGCUCAUUUGGGAAAAGCUGUAGGUUCUGAGGGCUUGGUGGCUGGGCAAAUUGUGGACAUUGCGUCUGAGGGAGAUCGUACUGUGGGCCUAGAAAUCCUUGAGUAUGUUCACACGCACAAGACUGCCGUUCUUCUGGAGUCUGCCGUUGUCAGCGGUGCCAUCCUUGGAGGAGCUUCUGAGGACGAAAUCAGCAGACUGAGCAAUUAUGCACGCAAUGUGGGACUCUUAUUCCAAGUCGUAGACGAUAUCUUAGAUGUGACCAAGUCGUCUGCCGAGUUGGGCAAGACCGCAGGCAAAGAUCUUGUGGCCGACAAGGCUACCUACCCAAAGUUACUGGGGCUGGAGAAAUCGAGGGCUUUUGCGGAGGAACUGAUACGAAAAGCCAAGGACCAACUUUCGGUAUUCGACCAGCAGAAGGUAGCACCCUUACUUGGGCUUGCUGACUACAUCGCUUACAGGCAGAAUUAGCCACCUUCCAUUCUUCAGGUGUAGAUUAUAUGUAGAUUAGCAUAUUAUCAAGUAUAAAAGGGCCCAAACGGGACGUAGGUUAAGCAUUUCUGGAUUGUCUGUGACUCGUAUCAUGGGCUACCAGUUAUUAUUGAUGGCUCCAGUUCCUGAGAGCUUGUGGGCAGUAUUCUUUUCGCAGUUUAUAGAAGUUGACAUCGAGACAUGUACAGUACAUUCUCUGAGGAUCAAAUCCAAGACUCAGCAUUGCGUUUGCCUUCGUCGUGCAGUUGUUGCAUAUUGAAUAUCACUCCAAGCAUGUGCUUUUUGAAUUACAAAAAAGCGAAACCGUUACUGCUU